AUGCGGACACUCCUGGAUGAUUUAGAUUAUAUUGCGUCGGCAUCUGGGCUAGAGACCAAUCGGGCCAAGUUCACGGCACUGGAGGCUCUCUUCGGAGGCCUCGGAAGGCCGCUCUGGAUGGGGCCAAACGGGUACUCGGAAGAUGGAAUAAGCCUCCAUAUACGAAGCUCUUGGGGCGGAGUUCGGUACACCUACCUAUUGCCAGGAGUCUAUGAGACGGUUUAUAUCAGCCAGGAUAUAAGUGAAACUCAGCCGAUUAGCAAAGAUCCAGAGAAAGUUGGCGCGGCCAUCCAUGACCUUCCAAAGACGGGCGAUGGCAGUUUCUAA